AUGCGUACCCGACAGAAACGCCUCAAUUACCGGGUUCUGAACGACGAGAGCGACGAAGAGUUUUUGCCUGACGAUCGAACCGACCAAUCAAACCAAAUAAGCGAACUACCAAAUCACAUCUCACAUACUCUUCCAGCCUGUCGAGAAAGCGUGAAGGUCCUCGACGAUAUACCGGAUUGCGAGCUACUGCCUUCUGAGUCUGUAUCACAAGUGCUCGUAUCUCAAGACAGCUCAACGGAUGUCGGUACUUCAAUCACAAGCUACGUGCCCUCUCGGUACUCUCGACGGUCGGCACCUGCUACAGAAUGGAUCUGGGGGUGCUUCGAGACGAUAGCUGUUGAAUGUCCAUGGGUGAUUAAACGGACCAAGAAGAGACGACUGGUAGACCGCAAGAUCUGCUGUUUACAUGUAGAUGAGAGAACGCAGACACGCUGUAACUGGCAUACGUCAGAUUCCCAGAGACAAAAUACUACCAGCAACAUGAGAACCCACUUGGCAAAGCAUGACAUUAAUUGCCCGACUUCCAGUACACAGCCUGCGACGAAGGGAGCAGACAUUCGCAGUUUCAUGGCUGGUCAACAGAGUCUUACGCAUCAAGAGGUCUUGGAAAGAAAUGCCAUUCGCUGGAUUGUGGCUGAUAUGAAAGCCUUCACCACUGUCGAGUCUCCAGAGUUUCAGCAAAUGUUUCGAGACAUUCCUGGGAUUGAGCCUCCUUUCACUUCUCGCCACACCGUGCGGGAUCGAAUCAUGCAAGAGUUCGCCAUACAGCGCAAAGUCCUGAAAAAUGAGCUGAAUUUGACUUGCAAGACAAUUGCCUUGUCACUGGAUAUCUGGACAAUUCAGAACCACCUUCCUAUCAUAGGGAUAAUUGGCCAUUAG